AUGGCGUUUGCUGGGACAAAUAUCAGUUUGUCCCAGCCGGAUAUCACGCAGAAACUAACGGAGCGCAUAGACGACCUGAAGCAAAAGAUCGCUGCUUGGGGGAAGCGGAUUAGACGAUUUUCCGAGGGGUCAAGGCGGUGCAACCAGAAUCGUCUCUUCCAGAGUGAUCAGAAGAGGCUCUAUAAAUCAUUGGAGCGACCAAUGGUAUGGGGAGCGGGCCAAGGACCGGAUCAGGCUGACAUUAUCGCAUUCUGGCGUGGCCUGUGGUCAGAGCCCGUAAACCACAGCGAGGGCCCUUGGAUGGAAGUUGUGGCGAGCCAGGGUGCGAGUGUUACGCCUAUGGACCCCAUCACCAUAACGCCAGAAGACGUGGCUGAGGCGGUCCGUAGGGCCCCGAACUGGAAAAAGGAUCGCAGAGACCGGAAUGAAAUGGAAGAAGAGAAGCGAAGUAACAAAUUACACGCAUUAAAAGAAGAAUUAGAAAAACGUAGAAUGAGCGUAGAUGAAAUUAGACAGAAAUUAGAAAAACAUACACAACAAGCGAACGAAGCAAUGCAACAACUAGAAGGAAUAUUCAACAUGCUCAAUUGUUCAUUAGAACCGUUCCAUAACCUUUUAGGGGAUAAGCAUCCUUCGGUGCACUGUCUCAAUUUAACUUUCUGUCUUAUCAAUGAAAAAAUCAAGGAACUCGUUCAAACGGCCUAUUAUUACGAGCGCCAUGUUCAAAAGAAAAGCGGUACAUCACGACUGAAGAAGUUCACCGUUCACCCGGAGCUGCCGGAGUGUUGGACUGCCGUACCAAUUAAUGAGCUCGUACCAGCCGAUCCCUGCCCAUCGUGCGUGGAAGCCCGAUGGAUGUCACGCGUAACCGACAUCGCCGAGAUGCCUUUAGAUGAACAUGAGGUACCGGCAGCUAUUAAAGACCUUAACAAUGACCCAGCGUUCGUGAGGAGUGACCACAUUCACCCACUGACAGAGUGCCGCGUGCCCCGCAGCCGACUGAUACUGGCUAGACGAUAUAAUAUGCAAAAUUAA